ACUCUACGAGAUGGCAGCACAAUAAAUUCAAAGAAAAAACAUGGUGAUGAUUCCUUGUAACUGCGCUCCCACUGUGUGAUAUCGCAUGUGAUUCCAACUUGUCAGCGGAACUUAUCGAUGAUAUUUUUAUUGUCUUUGUUCUUAUGUUGUGCGUUGCGAAUUUUAAUAAAUGAUGUAAUAGGCAAAACUUGAAGAUGUCAAAAUUGAAUGGACAAUUUUUUCUUUGUUUUAAAUUGAUUAUUAUCGCUUCGACUGUUUUAACUGUAAUUUUCGCAACUUAUUGUGAAGUACCUGAACAUAAUUUAAGUCUUGUAUAUAAUUUAACAAAGUUGUCAUUUAGGGAAGAUAUUAUCAUCAAGCACGAUUAUCCUAAUGAAACAAUACGAAUGCAAUUAUGUUCUCCGUUAAUCAAAAAAUGCAAUAACCAAGAUGGUUAUGCAAUAUGUCUUAUAAAAAAUAACAUAGAAAAGGGAAUAGGAAAGUUUCCCCCAGUCUUAGAUACAUCUGGCAGAAUCUUAUUUAACUUUACUGGUGACAAUUGCCUAGAUGGAAUCAAUUAUACAGUGCAUGUUAUUAUAAAAUGUGAUUAUAGCAUAGGGAAUAAUUCGUAUCCUGAAUUAUUUCCACAUAGCGAUCAACAAUGUAAUUUAUUUAUGAUAUGGAAAACGGCAUUGGCUUGUGGACCCAGAACUCAAACAAACUGUACAGUUGUCAAUGAUGGACGUUAUUAUGAUUUAAGUCCUUUGACAAGGUUCACAGAAAAUUAUGAGAUUUCCAUAAAUAAUAUGACGUAUCCCAAAAUAAUAUUAAAUGUUUGUCAUUCUACAAUACAUCAAUAUAGUGCCAUAUGUCCAAUUAAAUCUGGAGCUUGUUUGGAUGAUCCUAAAAAUCCCAAGAGAUAUUCUAGUCUGGGAGAAGUGCAAAAACCUCCUUUCUUUGCGAAUGGUCAUUUAAAAAUAGAAUAUCAGGAUGGUGCAGUAUGCAAAAUGGAAAAUAUAAUGACUCCUCAUAUUAAAACAACUAUAACAUUUAUAUGUAAUUUGAAAUCUAUGGAAUCUAUCCCAGAAUACAUAGGAGGAAGAAAUUGUCAUUAUCAGUUAAUAUGGUAUACCGCUGCAGCAUGUGACAUUGAGACUUUGCGUAAUUAUAGUAUUACAACAGCAGAUAAGUGCAUUGUUACAAAUCCAGUUACUAAUUUCACAUAUAACUUGCAAACAUUAAUGAACAGAGACUUCACCGUUACAAGUGCAAGCAAUGUUAAAUACAAAUUCAGUGUUUGUAGUAUGCUUAUUAACAGUACCUGUGGCACUGGGACAGGAGUAUGCAAUUCAGAACAUGGUACAUCAUUAGGCCAAGCUAAUACAAAUCUAAUAUGGAAACAAGGUGGUCCCUACUUAAAUUAUACCAACGGGGAUUUGUGUAAAAAUGAAAUGCGUCGUCAUACACUUAUUGAAUUUUUGUGUGGACCUGAAGGAUCACCUGAUUUGCCGUUGCUUAUGGAAGAAUAUCCUUGUCAAACCAUCAUACAUUGGAAUACAAAUUUAGUUUGUGAGAAAAGAAUUAAAUGUGCUACUGAUAAUGACGAUGAAAUCAAUUUAACUCCGCUUAUACAAUCUAGAAAGAAUUACAUUAUAAAAGUUAAUAGUACGGAAUUUCAUAUAAAUGUAUGUCGACCAUUAAUUCCUACUCAAGGUCUUACAUGUGAACAUGGUAGUGCUGCUUGUAAAGUUUUGGUAACUUCAAAGAAUGAAUAUGUUAAUGAAAUUAGUUUAGGAUUCCCUGAGGAAAGUCCAACAUUAAAUAAAGAUCUACAAACAGUAUUACGUUAUAUUGGUGGUUCACAAUGUCCAGAAAAUCCAGCUAAAUCGAUAUCUUCAAAUUUCAUAUUUAUUUGCAACAAUAAUAAUCAGGGACUUCCAGUAUAUAAACAUUAUAUUGAUUGUACUUAUGUAUUUGAAUGGAAUACUAGUAUAGCAUGUGGAGCUGUAAUGGGAGAUUGGAAAUCACCAUGUACCAUAAAGGAUAGUUUUCUAUCAUAUGAAUAUGAUCUUUCUUUGUUAUAUAAAAAGCAACAAAUACAUUAUGUGAAAAGUAGACAAGGUAAGGAAUAUGCUCUGAAUAUUUGCGGCGGAGAAAAGUAUUGUAACGGUUCUGCUAUAUGUCACGAAGGCAAUGGUUAUGGAUCGUUGGGAAGUGUGAUUUUCGAUUAUAGUCGUGAUAAUAUAAAACUAAAAUAUUCAAAUGGCAGUAAAUGUAACAAUAGUUCUUACACAUCUGAAGUAAGAUUUAUUUGUGACUUAUCUGUGAGCAUCGGUACACCACAAUUGCUAUUGGAAUCCCAAUGCAGCGCAGAAUUUGAGUGGUACACCGACGUAAUCUGCGGAAAACAUGCCAAUUCUCAGAACACAGAAGAUGUAUCAUCUUCUAGGAAUCUUUUGGAGCAACUGUCUCCUAGUCACGUUGGAACAGUAGCUGGCGUAAUUUUAACUGUGAUUGCGGUGAUAGCCGCUUUAAUUUAUUUUCGAAAACCAGUAGAAAGGACGUGUUGUCGUCCCUGGACAAACCUGUUUAGUUUCAGAAGAGGCACUGAUCGUGUCCAAUAUUGUAGAGUUGAUACCACUGAGGAAGCCAGACUUUUGCUUGAUGCUUCUGAUCCCAUGCAGUGUCAAACAGACAGCGAUGACGACCUUCUACAUGCAUAACAAUGUGGUAUUAUUAUCUUUGUUUUAGAUUAUAGACUGCAUCAUUGAGUCGCUAUGUUAUUUUUAAUGUUUCUGUAUAAAUUGUCAAAUAAAAACCAACUUGAAAACCCUAUAA